AAUUCAAUAUUGUCAAAACUUCCACUACUAUUUCUGGCUUAACAUGUACAAAAUUGUAAUUCCCCAUAGCUAACCGCUUUCGGUGGUGAUAAGUGGGUUAAAAUCCUAGUGUGUUUCGAGGAUGUUCUGCACAGAGAGCUGUGAGCUUGGCUGCAAUGGCUGCAAUGCAACAUCCUCGGGAAAGGUGAUCGCCCCUGGAAAUGGAUCGGCACAGGCACAGUCGGUCACAGUCACUCCACAGCAGCAGUUCAACAUGAGCUAUGCUCCACUGUCGAUGCAGUCGACCAACGAUUUGGGCAGCAAGUCCGAGGUGGAGCCACCGCGGGUGGGAAUGUGCCUGGUCACCGAAUGCCCGGAGGGUCUGAGCAUUGACUGCAACGUGCCCCUGCCCAGUUCCUUUAAUUUGGAUGAGUACAAUAAACAGCUGAUCUGCUCCUGCUGUUCACAGUGCAAUGGGGGAUGCUUGGAUACCUACCGCUCGCCACAAGCGGUGACAGCCUGUCCAAAUCCCAUUACCAAUUCCAAUCCAAACCCCAUCCAGACGCCGCCUGCUUGCAGUUUUCAGUGCCAGUGCUGUCCAUUCGGAGGAGCUUGUCCUGCCCACGAUUCGCAGUCCGCUCCCAAGGCUCAAGUAUGUCCUUUGCCGAAACCACCAAGGACUAAUCGACCGGAACAGGGAAUGGCAAUGGCUCAAACGAUUUCAGCACCUGCUGCAAUGCCGCAGAUCUUCUGCCUUACAGGACCCACUUCGGAAGGCAGCAUCCAACAGCCGGAUCAGCAGCCCGUUUACUUUUGCAGCCUGAUGCCAGUGGUGGUCCCGAUGGCUCCAUCGCAGCAGCCGCCGCAGCAGCAGCUGAUGACGAGUCCGGCUCAGGACUCGCAGCUGCCGCCGCAGCAGCUGGUGCGGUACGACCUGCCCUAUUCCCAUUCCAGAUCCUGUUGCCAACUCCAGCUCCAGACGCCCCUUUCCUUCCAGCUCUUUGCGCCCACGGUUAGGUUUUGCGAACCGCCAAGUUCAAGUCCUGUGAAGGGGGCGCAUCCACCCGAUCCACAGGGAACUCCAUCGCCACCAUCACCACCACCACCAGCAACACCAGUACCAGCAGCACAGGCACCAGUAGCAACAUCUUCGUCCUCCGACAGAUUGCCCAGAGCUCGUUCGGUCAGCCCGAAACGUAGCCGAUCCUGCCUCCGAAGUAAGGAUCUGUGGGCCAGUGGUGGCCCCACCGCCAGCGCCGCCCCCAGCCACGCCCCCUACCCCUCGCCCGCUCAGCAUGGAGCGGGGAAUGUGUGCAUGAAGUGCGGCCACUGCUGGCACUGCCCGCGCUGCAACUGCUCAAAUUGCUUCUGGCAUCCGGGUUUGGGGAGAACGCCCCCCAGGGACACUAGAUAGGAACAACAUAUAGUUUAUUUAUGGGUACAAAUUAUAUUUUCAGUUUAAUUUUAUUAAAACUAUAUGCACUAGUUGCUGAAGUCCCUGAAACUCCA